AUGCAGCAUAUGUGGCGUGGACGACAUUGUAUUUCGGAAGAGUGUGGAUGUCGGAAUUCAUCCGAAUACGAUGUGGAGGCAUCGAUGACAUGGCUGCGUUGGUACAGGCCGUUGCUUAUGCUCCUUGUGUUCACAUAUGCAUUAUUCGUUAUCAAAAUGCCAAGAUUGUGGAAGCGCAAAUUGCCGUGCAUGGAAGCAGCCAUCUUUUUCUGGGAUCUCUUCAACGCUUUUGCCGAUCUCUACUUACUAAUCCUGCUUUUACCGGAAUUUUUGUGGUCAUUUCGUGGAGGACUGUACUCCAGCGUCUGUUUAAACGAUAAUUUGUACAAAAACGCAAGGACAGGACAUGCAAUAUUUACAUUUCACAUCAGCAAAACCUGGGAAUUACUGGAUACGGUGCUUGUGAUCCUGGAUGGACAUGAUACAGCAACACUGCAUGUGGCUCAUCACAUCGUCAGUUGUGUCUCGGCCCUGUACAGCUAUCACAGCAUUGGUGCGUUGGCUCGAUGGAUUGCCAUUACGAAUCUUGCUUCUCACUGCAUACUUUAU